UUGAUUAUGUUGACAACUUGAUUUAUAUUGAUUGAGGACGACGUAGUAAUGGAUUGAAGAAACACGCAGUGCAAACUGCAAACAGAUUUCAUAAAAGCGACUGUGUAGCGUGUAUGCGGAACCGCGAAAAUUUAAACAGAGUGCCGCGUUUCUCUCGCGACAUGUAAAAAGAACUUGUGGGCGCCCGACCAGCAGCGAUCAGCUGAUUCCAUUCAUAUCUUCAGUUCGCCAUUAGAAAGUAGGCGGAGUUAGUUAUUCCAACCAAUCACAUUCAGGGCGGGAAAUGCAAAAUCUAGCUUGUGCCGAUGCCGCGGGAAAUCUGAAUCUAAAAGACAGUUUGUUUGAGAGGGAAUCGUUUGCCAGAAAAACGCGCUGCAACUCGAUUUUUGAUUCAUUUUCAAGUAGACUUUUUCGAAGAGGAGACUCGUUCAUAUUUCUAAGAUCUUACACGAGCAAGAUAUUAAUCAAAGCAUUUCUAUUAUCCGUUUCUCUGCCGAAACCUACCUCCCGAAUAUUCAAUAUGGAAGCUCCACGUGCCUCAAAGAGAUUAAGAACACACGUCAUUAAAGGCAAAAAGAUUGCUAUUGAAGGAAAUAUUGCAACUGGCAAAUCAACAUUUAUAAAAAUGUUACAAAAUGAAUCAGAGGAAUGGAGUGUUGUCCCUGAGCCUGUUGCCAGAUGGACCAACAUCAGUACGGGAGAUGACGAGGCACCGUUAUCUCUGUCCCAACAAAGUGGAGGCAACUUACUCCAGAUGUUUUAUGAUGACAUCAGUCGAUGGUCGUAUACUUUCCAGUCAUAUGCUUUGCUAAGUCGAAUGCGCCUCCAAAGAAAAGGCGUUCCACCUGAAUUGGAAGAUGCCAAUAACCCAGUGCAGUUCUUUGAGAGAUCAUUACAGUCAGAUAGAUAUAUAUUUGCUUUGAACUGUUAUGAAAGUGGUGUGAUGUCAGAAACGGAGUGGAAUAUUUACCAAGAUUGGAGCAGCUACCUCUUGCGAUCAUUAGGAGAAUUGAAAUUGGAUGGAAUCAUCUAUCUUAGAGCAAACCCAGAGGUUUGUUAUUCAAGAAUGCAAAAACGAGGGAGGGAUGAAGAGAAAACUGUAUCUCUUGAUUAUUUAAAAUGUCUUCAUGAGAAACAUGAAGCUUGGUUGCAUAGGAAUGAAGUUCAAAUGGAUCCAACAUUAAUUGGCGUUCCCAUAUUGACGUUGGACUGCAAUGAAGAGUUCGUUGAAGAUGCUGAACGGCAACGGGCGAUGUUGGAUAAGGUUAUCAAGUUUGUUGGUGCUGAUGAUACUUUGGAUGAUUCUGGAGUCGAUUCGAACAAUGUUUCUACGAGUUGCUCUGAAGAAGGAAAUUCAGAUGUUGAAUAUUAAAUAUAUAUUUAUUCUGUACUGUAAAAUGGGUGUCGGGGGCAAACACCGGUGUCUCGAUCUAGUUAGUUCAAUUGCCGAGAAUCAAAUCAUUCAAUAUAUCAAUAAAUAUGAUAUAAAAUAAUCCAUCUCGCUAAAUAUAUUCCUGAUGCCAUUAGUUUAAACCAAAUUUUAUGGACAAUCUUUCCGGCACAGUUGAAUGUGAUAUAUAUGUGUUUGCAAUGAAGCCUGCAUACCUAGUUAAUUUUAUAUAUUUAUCAUUACAAUUUAAAACUCCAUCAAUCAUACACAGUGGUGGGGCAUAGAUAAAUCUCUUGGCAAUUUUUUGCACUGAUAUUUUACUUUGCCACACCAAAACAUAUUGAUAUUUGAAGCUGUUAUGCGAAUGUUUUAUACAAAUUUUAUUGAAUUUUUAUCCUGUCACUGCCUUUCUUUUUUAAGGCUGCUUCGUUUUGCUGCCCAGUUCAUUCGGGCUUUUAUAGUUUGCUUUAAUCACUGAUCUUUAUAUCAAGUUGUUAAGGCUGAUCUUACUCUUGUGUUUUGUUUUAUUUGAAUAAAAUUUGGUUUGUAUUUGUAUAUUUGCUAUGAUAUACAUCGUUAUGCAUAAAGUUGAAAGUGGCACGUGAGCGGUUUGGUAAAAUAGUUCCUUUCCUGUAUUUAUAAUAAAUCCUAAUAGCU